UUUAUUCGCUGCAGGACCCCGUCCAAACCCACGCGAUAAGAACCGAGCCAGCCUUGCUUUGCCGCUGUUUCUUGCUUCCUUAUAUAAUACCACUACAAGGUCAGCUCCGAUGGUGCCGCUCCGCUUCUACCGCCACCUGAUCCCGCGCCUCUCCGCUGCAGCCAGGUCGCCCUUCUCGCCCGCCGCCGCCUCCUGCGCUCCCCGCCCGAUCUCGCAGCGCCCGUCGUACCCGCUGCCGGCCCUCGCAAUGGCGGCGUACGGCACCGGUGCUUCCGCGGACAGGAGGCUGCUCUUCAGGCAGCUGUUCGAGAAGGAGAGCUCCACCUACACCUACCUCCUCGCCGACAUCGCCGAUCCCGAGAAGCCCGCCGUGUUGAUUGACCCUGUUGACAGAACAGUGGAUAGGGAUCUCAACCUUAUCAAGGAAUUAGGCCUGAAACUCAUCUACGCUAUGAAUACUCAUGUGCAUGCUGAUCACAUCACUGGAACAGGAUUAAUAAAAACCAAGCUACCAGGAGCGAAAUCUGUUAUCUCAAAAGCUAGUAAAGCAAAAGCUGACCGUUCUGUUGAGCAUGGGGAAAAAAUACACUUCGGCAACCUUUUCCUUGAGGUGCGAGCUACUCCUGGUCAUACUGCUGGGUGUGUGACUUAUGUAACAGGUGAUACUCAUGAUCAACCUUCACCAAGGAUGGCUUUCACUGGUGAUGCCUUAAUCAUACGUGGAUGCGGAAGGACAGACUUUCAGGGAGGAAGCUCUGAUGAGUUGUAUCAGUCAGUGCAUUCACAGAUUUUCACGCUGCCAAAGGAUACCCUGCUUUAUCCAGCCCAUGACUACAAAGGUUUCACAGUAACAACUGUGGAAGAGGAGGCUGCCUAUAAUGCCCGGUUAACAAAAGAUAAGGAAACGUUCAAGACAAUAAUGGAAAACCUGAACUUGUCUUACCCAAAGAUGAUCGAUGUGGCUGUACCCGCAAAUCUGGUUUGUGGUAUCCAGGAUCCACCAUCGAAGGCCUAAGCUGGUC